AUCCUCCGGGCUCGCUCGCCUGCCUGACUGACUGCCCUACAAAAAAAUGUUGGCAAAACACCCCCUCUUCAUCGUGUAGAAAAAAAAAUGGCGGACAAGCGCUAAAUCCACAUCAGAAACAAACACACACGUUACAAAGCAAGGCGGAGAAAACGGGGAGUGGGUCGCUUUAAUUUGGACGCCAUCCCCCUUGGCGGAGGAAAAAGGCGCACUUCUAUUGAAAAGGAAAUCAUCCGGAGAGGAGAAACGCUGCUAAGCGGUUAUGAAGUUUUAAGACUGGAGGCCACUGUUGCAUCGUGAGCUCGGUCAGUAUUGUUGGAGCAUGAGGAAACCCGUACCACAGAAAGCUAUAGAGUGGAAAGAUGCCAGAAGGAUCAAACAUGCCCGGAGUGGACGGCCCUCCCGGGUGCCCUCACAGUACCAAGGGCACUUCAGUUGGGAGAAAUACCUGAAAGAGACCGGUGCUAUAGCUGCACCUUCUUCAUGCUUCAGACAGAGCCUCACGCCUCCAGUUAACGAGUUCAAGGCGGGGAUGAAGCUGGAGGCCCAGGACCCACGAAACACUACGUCCACCUGCAUCGCCACAGUGGUGGGCCUGACAGGCUCGCGACUGCGGCUGCGUUUGGAUGGGUCUGACAACAAGAACGACUUCUGGCGCUUGGUGGACUCCUCAGAGAUCCAGCCUAUUGGAAACUGUGAGAAGAAUGGAGGCAUGCUGCAGCCACCACUUGGUUUCCGUCUCAAUGCGUCUUCCUGGCCCAUGUUCCUUCUUAAAACACUAAAUGGAGCUGAGAUGGCACCCUCUCGCAUUUUUCACAAGCAGGAGCCUCCCGCCCCGGAGCAGAACUCCUUCCAGGUGGGCAUGAAGCUGGAGGCAGUGGACCGGAAAAAUCCGCACUUUAUCUGUCCGGCUACAGUGGGUGCACUGCGUGGUGUCGAGGUGCUGGUCACCUUUGAUGGCUGGCGGGGAGCCUUUGACUACUACUGCCGAUAUGACUCGCGAGACAUCUUCCCUGUUGGCUGGUGUGCCCUCACUGGAGACAACCUUCAGCCGCCUGGCACCAAAGUAGUGUUGCCUAAGAGCCUUGGUGCUUUGACAGACGGGAGUGUGGAGAGCUCAGGCAUGCACCCCACACCAACGGUGGGCAGACCUCCAGGUCAGAGAGGACGUAAGCCAGGCCGCAGGAAAACCAAGGUCACAGGGCCCUGGGGUCAGAAGGCCUCAGCGUUAGGACCACAGAGCAUUCAGCCAGGCAAAGAUCUGGGGCCCAUCAAGAUCCCCAAAAAACGAGGGCCCAAGCCUGGCAGUAAGUUGGGCUGGGCAAAGAGAGCUGGCUGGCUGGAAGAUGCCAUGGCUGGCCCAGGAAGGCCAGUGACAGGCCCAGGGCGAACCAGGGGCAGACUGCCUGCCAACUGGGCACAGAGGAUAGCUCUGCAGCAGGCCCAGACUCAGUCAGAACCUAUCAAGAUCCCAAAGAAAAGAGGGCCCAAGCCUGGCAGCAAGAGAAAACCACGCGUGGUACCUCAUCCAGUCCCCACGUCUCCCACCAGCAGUACCCCAGAGCCUGACACCAGCACUGUGCCUCUGGACAAUGCCACCAUCCCCAACUCUGCACUACAGGCUCCUACAGUUUGUGUGUACUUAAACAAGUAUGGCAAGGUGGGACCCCACUUGGACCAACGGCGUAUCCAGCAGCUCCCAGACCACUUUGGGCCAGGCCGGGCCUCUUCUGUGCUUCAGCAGUGUGUCCAGGCUUGUGUGGACUCUGCCCACAACCAGGGCACUGUCUUCUCUUGCCUCAAAUCUGGCCAGGGUGGCGAAGUCAUUUCAGCCUACUUUGACCAGCAACAGCACACCCUGACCCUGCCUACGGUCAGCAGUGUCACCUAUGUUCUCCGCUUCCUGGAAAAACUUUGCCACAACCUUCAUUGCGAUCCUCUGUUUGGCAGCCAGCCUGUAGCCAGAGGAGGCCUGCACUACAACAGUCACACAUACACUACAGAGAGGAGAAGUUUUGGUGACAGCCUGACGACGGGCCCCGGCCGAGGCACCAAGAGGUUCCUCCAGAACUACAACAGUCCCCUACCACAGAAACUGGCCAAGAUCCCCCGGCACUCCACUGAUGGUGAGUCCUUCUUGGAGAACAGCGUUGCCACGUCAGAGCACUUAAAGAAGAGCCCUCUCUCUCCAAACUCUACGGGACUGACACCCGGACUGAGGUCUCCCUCCAAGCUGCUGCAUCACAACAGCUUUACAGCACUUUACCGGAUGACGUCUUUGCAUCUGUUUUGCUGGAGCCCUCUGCAUGGACAGCUGUGCUGUGACGCCAGAAGGUCCCGUUGAAUAAGGGAGCUGCAUUUUAUUUCAUGCAAUGCUGCUGUCUGUGUGAAUGCGGCCUAACACCUUAGAAUCAGAAGAAUCACACCGAAUGAACUGUAAGUAGGCUUUAACCAACACAGUUUUUAAGACUGAUAGUGAUACAUUUGAACAGCUGUGUCACAAACUAUGAAGAAAUCCUAAUUGCUGCAAACGUUAUAUCUUUGCGAGAUGAAUGAUGUUUACAGAUUUAAAGCUCCCAGAUGAUUGUUGGACCAUCAACAGUUGAUGGUUCUGUUUUACUACAUUCGGUGUCCGCACGCACUGAUGUGUUCACGUGUUUGUCUGCAUGGUACGGUCCUUGCAGUUAUAAAAUUAGCUCUCCACCCAGGCCCGCAGACGUGGGCAGAUAAGGAAAUUUAUAUCACACUCACCCUCACAGUCGUGCUAAUGUAGAAAAGUAUAAUUUGAGUUUUAGUUGUUUUGUCAAAAAGUAUGAAGCAGGUUUUACAACUACAUUAUAUCAUCAUAGGACACAUUAACUGGAAGAUGUCUGAUUGUAUUGACAGGCCGUAGAUUAGCCCAUGCGCUUGAACAACUCCAACCACUGUUACUUGAUCAAUAUGUAGUGUUUUUCUGAGUGAUAUUUGGUAUUGCAAGCUGAAGUGCUUGGUUAGUUAGUGGACCUUUUGUUAAAAAUUGAAUGAACAUAACAGUUAAGCAGAUGAGAUACCCAAUGAAUGGCUGUCUUUAUGAAUCUCAGUCUGUGCUUGUGCUUCCUCAGGAUCAGGCAGUUUCCGGGAAAGCCCGAGGCCAAGUGGUCAGGACCCCAACCUGUGGACAGUGGAGGAUGUCAUGCAUUAUAUCAG